AUGGCCGAAAAGCAAAGGCAGAUGUGUCUCGAAGAAAUUGCUCUCCUGCAAAAAGUUCGACACGAGUGCGUGGCACAACUCGUCGAUUUAGUGUGGACAUCAAAGGAUAUGCUGAGCUACUGGAUAGUUCUGAAGUUUUAUCCUGGAGGCGAUGUGCAAAACGAAAUUGACGACUGCCGCGAGAACGACUUGGAGUUGCCAUUGGGCAAGGCAAAAAACUGGGUGACCCAGCUCUGCAUGGCCCUGAAGCAUGUCCACAGCCUGCGGAUCGUGCACAGAGACGUCAAGGGCAGCAACAUGUUCAUCACGGGUGCUCGCAAUAUCGUGCUUGGAGACUUCGGUGUCAGCAAGCAGCUCACUGAGUCGCAGCAGAAAGCGAUGACCUCUGUCGGCAGUCCGAUGUACAUGGCUCCGGAGUGGUGGGAUGGCCGUGGAGGCACUGCUGCUUCCGACAUGUGGAGCGUGGGCGUGGUGCUCUAUGAGCUGUUGGCUCUGAGACGACCAUUUGAAGCCCAGAAUGUUCUUUCACUGGUGCACAAGAUCACUACGGAAGAGCCAGCUGCCUUGGACGAAGAUACGGACCAGCAGCUUGCAACCUUGGCAAUGAGGCUCUUGCAGAAGCGACCGGAGAGUCGGCCCAGCGCCACGGACGCGUUGGGGUUUCCUGGACUGGAGGAUGUCGAGAAGAUCCUCGGGAUUUAUCGUGGGGCCUUGGAGAAGAAAUCUGAUAAGCAGCAGCGUAAGAAGGCCCGCGAAGAAGACGCUGCGGCGGGGAAGAAGCCUCGACGCCCAAGUCGGUCUAGCAGCAGCGAGCUCGACAGCAGUGGAAGUACUGGCUUGGCUGGGCUUCGUGGUGUCAACUUGGCGGACAUUGCGCGAAGGCAAGCUGUGACCCCAGUUCCUGCUGUAGCUGAAGGCCCCAUGGAAUCAGACGAUGAGGAAGAAGAUGAAGAUGAGAAGGAUUCCUCACUGGGCAGUGGGUCUUCUGAGGAAGGGCUUUCAGACAGCGGGGACGACUUGGCCCAGGAGAUAGAACGACAAGCGGAGACACUGGGCAACGUACCUUGCUUGAGGUCCGAUAGGUGUCUCGACUGGAACUUGGAGCAAAGAGCCAUGGAGAAACGGGUUUCUGUCGCUAUCCAUGGCUUGUCUGGGCGCUGCCUGCAGCUCGAGGUCAAGCAGGAGGACACCAUCGGCCGCGUGAAGCAGCUACUAGGCGCGGCAUGGCAGGUGACGGCACUUUGCUUGCAGCUGUCGCUGGACUCGCAUCUCCUGGACGACGUCGAAACCCUGUGCAGCGUCGCCAGUUCUGGACAAUUAGUAGACCUGGCAGCCGUGUAUCUGCCAGAGCGGCUCUAUGAGAGCUUGGAAAGCGGGAAGUUGCUUGUUAAGCGCGCGGCCCUCGUCGCACUGCCAGCCGUGGCUAGUCCAGGCGACCGUCGUGCGAUUCGCGCUGCUCUGAAUGCUCUGGAGAUCCCGGUGCCAGAGCUGCAUCUCGCUGCCAUCGAUGCCCUCGUGACGUUAGGGCGGGGCAGACCGCACAUCAUCGCCGAGAUAGCUGCUCUGGUGACAGAUGCUGGCACUGCCCUCGUCAAGUGCCAUGCACUCAGCAAGUUGGGAGAUGUUGCUGAGCGAGGCGAUGGGCAUGCUUUCGAUGCAGUGCUGGCUGGCUUGUCUUCUCCUGACGAUGAUGUCCGACGAAAGGCCUUGGACUGUGCGCUGCCAGCGCUUGUGGAUCCAGGUGACCCAUCAGCCAUCUCGAAGCUGGCGACUUUGUUGCGGCAUCGGGACCGGCACGUCCGGGAAACUGCUGUUGAAGCGCUCGCUGUGGCGACCGCAUCUUCUGCAGAAGGUCGCAAGAGUGCGGUCUAUGCCUGCGCAUCGCUCUUGGACUCCAAUGACUGGGUGGCUCGUCAGUUCGCCUUGAAGGCCAUGGCAAGUGUUGCAGAUGUGGGAGACGACGAUGCAGCUGCCAUCGCCAUCUCCUGUUUGCAAGAUGCCGACCGCGACAUAAGGUGUCAAUCCAUCGAGAUCCUCCCCAAGAUUGUGCCAAAGGGCGACGUGCAGGCGCUUCUCAGCAUGGCCGCCUGCUUGGAUGAUGAUGAUGCAGAUGUCCAAGCAGCAGCUGUGCGGUAUUUCCCGCAUCUUGCUGAGCCAGGCUGUGGGGUGGUUCUUGACGCGAUGAUCGGGCGCCUGGCCAGCUCAGAAGGUCGUGUCAGACACAGUGCCACGCGCCUUUUGCCUUGCCUUGCGCAGCAAGGAGACGCGGCAUCCAUCGGUGCACUGUUGGCGCGCCUUCGCGACGUGGAAGUCCCAAUCCGUGUGUCUGCGGUUCAAUCCAUUGCCGCCAUCAUGCAGAGCCCUUCCGACCUCCAGACCUUGAGAGUGCUGGUGGGCAGCUUGGAGGAUGAGCACAGGGCAGUGCGCUGGGCGGUGAUGAAUGCCUUGCUGGGCAUGGAUGCGGUGCUGGAUGGGAAAGCCGUGCACACUCUGAGAGAGCGCCUGGAUGACGGGUGCUUCGACGACGCAUGGCCGCAGAUCCUCGUCACACAACUUGCGCCGUCGGAUGUGCAGGAGCAGGUGUUGCCCUCGACAGGUUCGAUCCCUGACCAUGAAGGCGUUGCGGCAAGUGCGGCAAACACCGACUUCAAGUUCAAGCCGGUGGAGAGAGCUGACCUGAGACCAGAAGGUGCUGCAGACACCUUAAGCUACAGCCAGACGGUUGGCACCAUGACGCAGACUGGCACGCAGGGGGAGCACAUGCUGCUGACGGAUUCCCUGCGAUCCUUGCAGUGCACUCAAGGGGGCGCAGUCAGCGAAGUCACCUGCUUUGCUGCAGCAGCUGGCCCAGCCAGCUGCGUCAGAGAUGAGAAGGUUGGUGAGGCCACCGCCCUCCCAGAAGAUACAUGUCGGCAGGCUGGCAAAAAGCAAGAGCAAGUCGGCGAAGUCACCUCCUUUCCGUCCUCACAACCUUCUGGGCUGAAGGCCCAGGCUGUGGAGGAAGCGACUUGCUUUCCUUCGCCACCGGCCAUCUCCAUUGCUUCGAAGGACGUGGGCAGCAAGACUGGCAACGAGGUGCAAUCGGAGCGACUUCCGGCAGGGUCCAGGCAGAUGGCGCCUGAUGCAUCGUCGGGAUCUGAAUCGUGGACCGGUGCAUGCCCCCUGCAUGCCUCAUCAGAUCUGGAGGGCAACGCAGGGCUGGGCCAGCCAUCCCCUGCCGAUGGCGUGGAGCAGAGCUUCUGCAGCCAGGUUCCCUCGAGGAGUCCUGAGCAGAGUGAGACGGACGAGGAGAGCAGCGAAGAAGAAGACGAGGAGGAGGACGAGGAGCAAGCGACGCAAGAUGAGGAAGAGGAAGAUCCUCAACAUGAUGAUGGUAUGGAAGAGGCGGAGGAGGAUGAGGAGGAGAAUGCCGAAGAGGACACCGAGGAGGACGAGGCCAUAGAAGAGGCCAUCGUGGUCGCGGAGAGCGCGACAAGUCCUGCAGGUGUGGAGGAGGACCCGCUUGCCGCCCGCGAGGGACCGGAGACCGAUCUCAAGGUGCAGGAGGUGAUGUGCGGAAGUCGACCCACGUUCAGCACGGCGCCCCCGCUUCAGGUUGAAGACGACAGCGACACACCAGGAGCCAAUGCGCAAGGCAAGUCGGCGCGAGUGACAUUUGGGUAUCAAGCUGCUGGGCGAGUUGGCUGGGAAGCAGGCCAUGAACGCACGUUGCCUCGCCCCGGCUCCCAGGAGUCCCGAUGUUACACGAGCUUCACAAGGACUGGGAGUGGGGCACGCAGCGAAGGUGGCCGAUCUACGCCGGAAACCACUGGCAGCGACUGGAUCCGAAGGACGACUCUGGCCGCAAUGUCUGGAGCCCUGAGAACAGCCUCCUCAAGUUCGUCGCUGCAGAGGGCGGACACGCCAGAGCCGGCGCUUUCCACCUUCAGCGUGCCCCCGCGGGAGCCGCGCUUUCCCUCUGGCCGAGCCAAGGUUGUCAGUGCCACUGUGUAUUCGUACCCUUUCGCAAAACGGCCAAACAACGACCUGCACAUGGCCCGGAGCACCGAGUCCAGUGGCAAUGCGUCACCCAAGAUCAGCGAACAGACGUCUGCAACACUUGCUGGGGCCGCAAGACCCGAAAAGCGGUUCGCAACUGUGACGGGCUCACCUGAGCGGGCCGCUGUCAAGAUGGACUACGCCACACGAGCGCGCAGCGUUGGCGUUGAGACCUUCUCUACCGUGGAGCGUCCAGAAAGCAUGGGAAGAAGCGUCACUGGACGACCUAGCCGUCAGCCCGUUGCAGGAGCUGGCAAGUUAACAAGUUGUGGCGGGCAGUCCUGGCGAACUGGCUUCAAUGCUUCUGCGAAGCGAAGGCUGGUGGAUUGGCUCACUUUUCCUGCUUUGGUUUACUGCCUACAGGAGAAGUUGCGUCUCCACGCGCUAUGCGUGCAACCACCAAGUCUGCUGACGGACAGAGCAGGAAUGUUAGCCGCGGUUCGGGCCAGCGGUCGGCACGAUCUGAAAGCGCAGCAGAGGUGA